AUUUGAAAAUUGCGAUAUUACUUUUUAAAGUUGGUUGCUAUACACAACAAAGGAAUGAGUUACUUCCCCCUCAAAAGACGGACUACUGCUCAUGCACUAAUUAUACUCAGAAUACUGAAAUAGUUUCAUCUUGUCAUGAGAAGAUCUAUAUUUUGAUUGGAAACAAAUCAGUCUAGUCUGAAAAUGGCAGAUGCGGCUAAGAAACAAAAAUCUAAACCCUCAGGAUCAGCCAACAAAGCUAAAAAAGGGAAAAUGACGAAAGCUGAGAAAGAAAAACUAAAAAAAGAGGAACUUGAGAGAAAAGCUCAGGAAGAAGAUACAUCAUUUAAUGCUUUGGAUGGAGGCAAAAAAAUAUCUGCUAAUGAGGAGGCUUUGAGACUUCAAGCGAUUGAAGAAGCAAAAUUGAAGAAAAGGGAAGAAGCAAGUAUGGCAGUGGAGAAGGUGAAACUUGAAAAUGAGGAACGUAGAAAGAGAAGGACAGAGAUGGGUGAACUUCAAGAUAUAAUUACCAGCAUACAGUACCAGCUCAAGAAUCAAAGUAUUGCUAGAAGAAAUAAUGCAAGAUGGGCUCGUUACAUGAGAUGUGAUGGCUCACCUGACCCUGUGAAUCAAGGGGAGAUCAAUACCUACAUAAAUCUGCGAGUGGAAGAUAAAACCAGAAAUGAUUCAGUCAGUGUACUAGCAGACACUCUGUUGGACCUUUCUUUGAUUGAUGAACUUCAGCAAUUGAUGAAUGAAGAAGAAUUAUCAGAACAAGAAAUCAAUUUACACAAAGAGACUAUUGAAAAACUUCAAAUGUUAAUAUCUGCCAAAUUGGAUUUGGCAACUCUACAAAUAUUGUGCGAUGCCACAGAACUUCAAGAUCAGGAAACAAAUAACUUACAACAUGUUAUAAGAAACAGUCAAAUUUGUUUGUGCGUUUGGGGAAACAUUGUCAAAAAUCCUCGCAUUAGGUCAUUUGAGUUCCAAGAAAUCCAGUUUUCGUUUGAUAUUCCAAGAGUAUUGUGUCUGAGUGACUGUGCAGUGAGAAUAAUGAACACCAGGUUUGACCAUCUCUCAGCUAGUAGUAAAGCUUUGGUCCCACGUUUGAAAAAGAAAGACAUUCCAAUUCCCGUAGAGGAAGUCAAACCUGUAGUAGAAGAGGAGAUCAAGGAAGAGGCAGAGAAAACGGAGGAAAAAAAAGAGGAUGACCUUAUUAUACCUGACUUGGUUAUUGGUCUUAUUAGCCCCUUGGAAGAUGAACCAAAAGUGGAAGAAGAGCAAGAGAUAGAAGAGGUGCUUGAAGAGGAUUAUCCUGAUCCUCCAACACCUGAACCUGCUGAAUAUGAUGAUUUUGAUGAAGAAGAUGAUGUGGUGGAUCUAAGAGCUUAUGAUGUGUUGGGUGGCAUCUAUCACUUCAACUUGCUCCACUUACCCCCUCAACCUAAAACAGUUGGAUCUUGGACAAUCACACAAUUGGUAGAGCCACCAGAAUUAUCAACAUUUGACUAUGUGGCAGAUUAUAUGGUAACUCCUGAAGACGGGAAGAAAGAAAAAGAAAAAAAGGAUGAAAAGCCUCUCAUCGGAGUCCAUAUGCUCCUUCCUGCUGAUGCAGUUUUUCUAGAAGCCCCAACCAUUGCAAGAUGGGAUUAUGACAGAAAGUUCUGGGUUACAAAAGGUUUCUCUGACCAAAAUUUAAAUGAGACAACAAGGAUUUUCUCAUUCAAGAUCAGCCAUUUUGGCACAUUCUGUCUUCUUCAAGACACACACAUAAACAUGCCAUUUCAGUCCUGGGAGCUCAGGCCACAUAAGCUCAACCGAUGCCUGUUCACUAUCACAGCUGCUAUUCUGGAGCUUGAAAUAGAAAUACGAGAUGGUCUUUGCUGUCUAAGUCAGCCAAAAGAAAGACCAGAGCUAGCAAACAUUAUUGACAAAUGGGUGACACCACAAGAACUAAUAAAGAUGAUGAAACUAGCUGGAGUAAAUGUUUUUCCAAAUGAAGAUUCUGCCAAGUUUGUGUCCCUACAGAAUAAGGACAACAGUAUUAAGGAGUCUUUCAUUAAUAAGCAUCCCCUCAUAGAAGAUAGGCUGUAUCAACACAUGGCACUCACUGCUUCAGCUUUUGCUUACACCUGGUCCAAAUGGAAUGCAGAGAGAAAUGCAGGAGAGAUUGUUUUCCAAGCUGCUGAAGCCUUGGAUGAUGAGCCUUUAUUAGAGGAGAGUUGGUCUCUGUACAUGGCCACAAAACGCAGAGUAACUAAAUUGCGCUCAUCUGAAUUUGAUGAAACCUUAAGUCAAAUUACUGACCAGGACACCUCAGAAGCAGUCAUAUCAGAAAAGGGUCCCUCAUUUCUGAAUGCCAUUGAGGAGAGUGAUGAUGAAGUUAUCUAUCCAGGUAAUUUAACAUCGGAGGUGGCAAGAAAAGUGUCAGACAAUCCCAAUUCUGAACUCUUGGGAUUUACGCUCAAGAGCAUGCCAAGAAUGUCCUCUGUCAACAUACUGACAGCAACGCAGCUUUCACAAUUAGAGAUUAAGGGGUCAAAGUUGUACAGGAGGAGAAGAACUAACAGGCUAUCUGUUCUGAGGACAUCCUCAUCUCCAGAGUCCUUUUCCAAGAGUGAGCUAUCAGCUAUCCAUCCUAAGAGGAAGAAAGCCAAAGCUAUGGAAAAAUCCACCAUUGACCCACUCCUGAGAAUGUUUGACUUGAAAAUUUCUCCGUACAAAUCUAACUUAUACCACUUGGUGAUGGAUACAGCCAGUAAGCCAGCUCAAGAGAUCAUGCAAGAGACAAGCAUCCACUUUAUAGACUGUGUCACCCAGCUGCUGAAAGCUACAAAAGUGCUCACUUAUUCUUGAACUAUUGUCUCUUUUUAUCUGUAAUAGGAAGCAUUAUUUUAAGUACUGGUAGCUAUAAAUUGACUUGGUUUAUUUUGUUUUACUGCAGCAAUAAAAUAGCUUAUAUAUUGUGAUAUUAUUGCAUAAACUUUUGAAGACAAUACUAGUUAAUGAGGCCAUUUCAUUUCUAAAUCUAUCGAUAUAAAAAAGAACAAAAUGAAUUAUUUCACAUUGGAUGUUAAAA